GGCUUUUCAAGCGAUAGCAAUUGAAAAUCGGAGCUAAAUUCUGCUCUCCGUACCAUCUACUCUUAUUAAGUGUUUUCGCACCAACACCACUUAAUAAAAAAAUAUUGAAAAAAAAUUUAAAAAGAUGCUUUUACUGCGACGUUGCCACAAAUUAAAAUUGCGUCCUUGGAUACGUCUUUGCUCCGCUGAAUUAAUUCAUAAGGAUGGCUUUAUCGAAAAGCUGCGUCAUAGCUUUGAUGAGGAUGAACGCAGUAAUCUGGUGGUGCCCACGUUCAAGAAGGCCAUGCUCUAUCCGGAUGAGAUCGCUGUAAAGGACAUCACAGGAGAAUACACCUAUUUCCAGUUAUAUUUGGCCGCCAAACGUCUGGCCAUCCAGAUCUCAAAUAUAUGCGGCAGUGCCUCGCUAUCAAAUGUGACAUACUUGUGUUCAAAUAACGCCCUUUGGGUUACUAUCCAGUGGAGCUGUUGGAUUUCAGGUCAGGUGGCAGUACCCCUAGAAUCCGGCCAAGCGAUGGAUCAACUGCGUCGUCAGGCAUCGAGCUGCAAAACCAAACUUUUAAUAGCCACACCAGAAUUUGAGCCCCUUGCCCAGGAGUUAUCGCAGGGAUUGCAAUCGGCCACCAUUAUAUUGGAUCACGCAUUCGUACCAACGGCUGAGAGUGUAUCCUCAACAUCGAUGUAUGCCAAGCAGUUGGUUGGAACUCAGGGAGUUAUCCUAACGGAGAGUACAUUGCCAAGUGAUUUCUAUGCUAAGGCACCGGCAAUGCUAAUCUAUACGCCUAAUGCGGUGAAUAAUCCAAAACCAGUGCUAUUGACGCAUCGUAAUAUCGAUGCCCAGAUACGAUGUUUGAUCGGUAGUUGGCGUUUGGGACCUGCAGAUUGUAUGCUGCCUAUUAUAUCCAUGAAUCGAAUGCAUGCUGCCUUGGGUGCAAUUCUAAAUGUAGGCGGCAAUGUUGUACUACAGCAAAAGUUUGAUGGACAUAAUGCUUGGAGCGCUCUAUUAGGCAUAAAUAGUCCAUCUAAACAGCGUGUAACUCUCUUUUUGGCCAUGCCCAUUGUCUACAAACGAUUGAUUGCCGAAUAUGAGAAAAUGUUUUCCAAAGAUUCGCGAAUGGUUGAAUAUAUUGUGAAUCAUUGCCGACAUAAGAUCCGAUUGAUGGCCACCGCUUAUGCCUUGCUACCGGACUCGGUGUUUUAUAGAUGGCGCGAGAUUACGGGACAAAACAUAUACGAAUAUUAUGGAAUGAUUGAAACUGGUUUGGUUUUGGGUCAUACUCUGGAUGAACCCCAUCGUGAUAGUUCGAGUACAUCUUCAUCGGCAUCGAGUUCCUCGGCAAGUUCAAGUAUUUCAGCCCUAAAUGAUUAUCGUCCGGGAACUUUGGGUGCUCCUUUAAAGGGAGUAACAGCCCGUUUGAUAAGCAAUAAGGGUGCUGAACUUAUAACCUGUAAGAACGAACUCGGUGGAACUGUGGAUCAUGGUCUUAUACAGGUUGAAGAUAUUGGCGGUGAUACAUGCUUGGCCCAAACCGUAAUUGGUGAACUUCAGAUAGCUGGCUCGCAUUUGGUAUCCAAUUCAUUGGCCAUCAAUAAUCAGCAAAUCGUACCGGCUAACACAUCAUCCACUCAACAAGACAAUCCUCAAGAUGAUUUCUUUAAAACCGGCGACAUUUGUGCCUAUCAGAAUGGAAAUUUUUAUUUUCUGAGCAAAACCAGUGACGUCUUUACUGUUGGCGGCUAUAAGGUGUAUGGAUCAGAAAUCAAAAAGGUAUUGAUCUCACAUCCGAAUAUCAACGAUGUGGCUGUCUUGGGUAUACCAAAUAAGUUGUGGGGCCAUCGUCUUGGUGUUAUAUGCAUUGUACCACCGGAUGCGGAUAUAGAUUUGGAUGCAAUCAAAACGUACUGCUAUCGCCAUCUGCCGGCACACAAGUGCCCCACUGUUUUCAAGACUCUCGUAUCGAAAUAGACUAGUCUUAAGUCAGACUUAGCUUCAAAUUCAUGUGAUUUUUCGCAAUGUUAUCC